ACAAGGACGGUGUGGUGGCUGUGGCUCCCGCUUUAAGAAUCGUUCACUCCAGUCCCGUCUCGUCUCUCCGCGCUCCAGCUCCACGCCAAUUAAACCCUACUCUACUGCUUCUUUCUCUCUCUUCUCUCUCUGCGUCAUCUCAUUUCCGUUUCCGUCUCUCCCUCUCCUCGCCCACACGUCCAAAACCGAAGGGAGCAAACGAACAAAACCCGGCCGAGUAACGCAGGAGACGAAGCUGCGGAAGGCGAGCAAGCACGAUGGAGGCGGCAGCGUCAGCCGAGUACGGGUACUACGGCGGAGGCGCGGGCCCACACGAGACGAAGACCGCCGGGUGCGGGGACCACUUCGUCGUGGACGACCUCCUCGCGCUGCCGCCGUACGACGACGAGGAGGAGGGGGCGACAGGCGAGACCCCGCUGUGCCUGCAGCCUGUCAAGGAGGAGGAGGGCGGCCUCGGGAAUUUCUCGGCCGACUCGUCCAUCGUCGUCACAGCAAUCGACAGCUGCAGCAACUCCUUCUCUAGGCUAGCCGACGACGACUUCCCGGGGGAAUUCUACGAGCCGUACGACCAACUGGUGGAGCUAGAAUGGCUAUCAAACUACAUGGGCGAGGGCGAGGAAACUUUCGCGGCGGAGGACCUGGAGAAGCUGAAGCUCAUUUCCGGUGGGUUCUCCCCGGCGGCUGUGAACGUGUCAGCACCAGCUCCAGUGGGCGUAGCUUCAGCCGCCUCUGCGACACAGUCCGCGUCCAUGGCCAUUUCGCCCUCGGAGUCCGGCAUCUCGGCGCAGCAGGCGUUCCGCGCCAAGAAGCCGCCGCCGUCGAAGAAGAAAGACGCGGCGGCACCGGCACCGGCACCGGCAGAAGGGCGACGGUGCGUGCACUGCGACACGGACAAGACGCCGCAGUGGAGGACGGGGCCCAUGGGCCCCAAGACGCUGUGCAACGCGUGCGGGGUGCGGUACAAGUCGGGGCGGCUGGUGCCGGAGUACAGGCCCGCGGCGAGCCCCACCUUCGUGAUGUCCAAGCACUCCAACUCCCACCGAAAGGUGCUGGAGCUGCGCCGCCAGAAGGAGGUGGUAGUGCAGCAGCCGCCGCACGUGAUGGGCGGCGCCGGCGGUCCUGCAGGCGGGCUGAUGCGCAUGCAGAGCGCGAUGCUGUUGGACGGGCCGGUGGCGGCGGUGUCGUCGUCGUCCCCCAUCGUCGGCGGCGACGAGUUUUUGAUCCACCAGCACUUAGGGACGGCAGACUACCGGCAGCGCAUCUAACUAGAUGAGUUUUUGAUCAGUUAGCCUACUAGCCCAGUAAUAAUCAAUAUGCGCACCAGCUUAAAUCCAAGUACCCUCCUUAAAAACAUGAAAGAACUAAUAAUCUUGCCUUAAUUAAUUAAUUAGGAGUUAUUUUUCCUCUUCACUAUAUUUUGUUUAUUAAUUAGUUGCUGUGUUCCGGUUCAGAUCCUUGGAAAUUUUUUCGUGGCGACUUUCGUAUGGUUUUGUAUCUCUCUUUUUUUUUAUUUUUUGCUAGACUCUCCUAAUUAACAUGCCUAUGAGAACUCUACGAGAGAGAGAGAGAGAGAGUUUUCCUAUCUAUUUUCUUCCUUUGUUUCUUAGCAUUAUAUAUGUAAUUUAAGGGGCUAGCUCUCGUUCUGCUUCCGGUCCGGAGCACGCAUGAAAAGAAGACUGGAAAUUUUGGUAAUUUAAUUUUUUUGUUCACCUUA